AUGCUUUAUUUUUUCAUGAACAACGUCAGUCAAUACCACAAUGAAACAGAGUCAGGUGGAGAUAUACAAAAAUGUCCGACGGCGGUUUCCAGCGGUCAAGCGGUUCCAACAAACUACCGGUCCACCUGUCCAUGGUACUACACGGCCGCGCACGAUCCCACCCGGUUCCCGACGACCAUAAUGCAGGCGCGAUCCCCAUGUAUCUAUUGCAUCGGCUCCCCCAUCAAUGAGUGUGUACCCGUCUCUCAGAAUACAACGGUCUUACAGAAAUCCCCCUCCCCUUCACCUGACGGUAGCUACAUUUUUUACGAACGCCAGGUUACCGUGACUGUGGGAUUAACGUGCGCCGGGCCAAGAUUAGCUGAAAAUGCAGCAACCACACAAGCGCUCACCAAAACCACCACCAUAGCGCCUGCAGAGGACAUUCCAUGGGCAAAGUAAGGUGGACCGGAAAUAUAAAACCCGUUCGAAUAAAACUCGUGUAUUAUAAUCUAGUCAAUCAUUUCAACACAUUAUUUGAAAUUAAGGGAACCAUAAUGAGAUUCCAUUUUACCCGUGAAGACAUAUCAUCAAGUAACAUUAUGAUAGAAAACGUGGUGUGUAAAGACAGUGC